AUGAGUCUGCCUACAGGAUCACCAACGCCGGCAUUCCAGUCCACCUGGGGCAAAGCUUACAAGUACUUCCCAAUCAAGAGGGUGUUCUUGCUUACGGUAGUCAUCUUCAAACUCGGCAACACAAUAUGCGCCGUCGCUCCUAGCAGCUCCUUCCUGGUUCUGGGUAGGAUGGUUGCCGGAAUGGGAGGGGGAGGGGCAGGGUCCGUGACAGGAGCAUUCAUCACCAUCGCGAUCAGCGUCAGACCCCAAUACAGAGCCGCAUAUAUGGGAGUCCUGGGCGUGACGUCCGGAACGGCCAGCGUCGUAGGGCCGCUCCUGGGUGGUGUGCUGAACGAUGGCCCGGGGUGGCAGUGGUGCUUUUGCAAGAUCAGUCUUCCUCUGGGCGCUCUGGCGGCUUCCAUCAUGGUUAUGACUGUCAGGCAACUUCCGUCGCCCGAAUCGGACCAAGUGCCUUUGAAGGAGAAGGUUGUUUCGCUAGAUCUAGCUGGAAGCCUGCGUGUCCUGGGGGCGGAGGAUAUGGUUGCGGCGACGGCUUUGACGCUGUUCUCGGAGAACCUCGGCACAUCCAUCUUCAUCGCCGCGACAGAAGCCGCCUUCACCAACAGUUUGAUCUCCGGGCUGGGACACAACGUCCCGAAGCUCAAGCCCGAGUUGGUGGUCAACGCUGGUGCAACAGAGAUCAGGAAGUUGUUCGCGAAAGACCAGAUCCCCGGGAUCCUGGAGUCAUAUCUACAAGGCUGCAAGGAUAGCCAGCUGGUGCCUGUCGCAUGCGGAGGAGCGGCGACGGCGGUCUCGAUGCUUCUGGCUGUUCCUGCGAUUGUGCGGUCAUGGGACGAUUGGAAGCACAAGCCGCAUGCUCGGUAA